GGCAUUGUUGUCAUUACACUAUGAUCCACUACAAAAACCUCCCAUGGUCCAUAUAAAGCUUAACAAAAACUCUCCUAACAACUUAUAGUACUUGUAAAGUCUAUAAUUUGCUUUGUUACACUCCUAAGAGAGAUGGAGCAUUUACCACAAUGUAGUUCCGAAUUUGAAGACCGGGCGAUAUCCCCGGGCUCGCCGUCGAGUGGGCCUCAAUCGAGUAAAUCCCAGGGAUCGGGAACGAGGCAUCCGGUGUACCAUGGGGUCCGGAAGCGGCGGUGGGGGAAAUGGGUAUCGGAAAUCCGAGAGCCUCGGAAAAAGACCCGAAUUUGGCUCGGGUCAUUCCCGAUGCCCGAGAUGGCAGCCCGUGCUUAUGACGUAGCAGCCCAUUGUUUAAAGGGCUGCAAGGCCCAACUAAAUUUCCCGGAGGAAAUUGACUUUUUACCCCGGCCCACUUCAUGUGCUCCAAAGGAUAUCCAAGCUGCCGCGGCCAAGGCCGCCAACGCGGUGGUGGAAGGGAAAGUUAGCAGCUCCGCGGCGGCUGAUCAUUUUGAUCAUGAUCAUCAUGAUGACGUUGAAGUUGAUUAUGAUGAUUUUUGGAGUGAAAUUGAGCUCCCUGAAUUGAUGGACACUGGGCAGGGAGGCAACUUCAUGGAUUGUUAUACAAGUAGUUCAUUGGGUGAAUUUUAUUUUUAGGAGGUUACCAUGUCCAUCAUUUUUCUUUUACUUUUUUUUGGGUACUCUGUUUCCAUUCGUCCCUUAAAGAUUGCUCCUACAUUAAAUUUUUGACAACUCUAGAGGGACGGAGGAAGUACAAAGUAAUCUCGAAAAAAAAAAUUAAAAAAAAUCAUAAUAAUUAAGCAAUUAAGUUGGUAAGAUUUUGCAGUGUU